GGGCGGGGGCGGCGGGCCUGACGUCACGCCCGGGGAUAAAGCUCCGCCGCGCCCCGCUGGGACGCUGCCCCGGCCGGAGCUGGCUGCCUCCCUCCGGGACCCUCGCGGUGCGCAAGCCGCCCCUCGCUGCGUACCGCUGCCGGGAGCCUCGGCGCCCCGCCCGAAGAAGAAGCAUGCCCCAGAACGUGGUGCUCCCGGGCCCUGCACCCUGGGGCUUCAGGCUCUCGGGGGGCGUGGACUUCAACCAGCCUUUGGUCAUCACUAGGAUUACUCCAGGAAGCAAGGCGGCAGCUGCCCACCUGUGUCCUGGGGAUGUCAUCCUGGCUAUUGAUGGCUUUGGCACAGAGUCCAUGACUCAUGCUGAUGCACAGGACAGGAUUAAAGCAGCCGCACACCAGCUGUGCCUCAAAAUCGACAGGGCAGAAACUCGCUUAUGGUCUCCACAGGUUUCCGAAGAUGGGAAGGCUCAUCCUUUCAAAAUCAACUUAGAGGCAGAACCACAGGAUGUGAACUACUUUGAACACAAGCACAAUAUUCGGCCCAAACCUUUCAUAAUCCCAGGCCGAAGCAGUGGAUGCAGCACGCCCUCCGGUAUUGAUGGUGGCAGUGGACGUAGCACCCCUUCUUCUGUCAGUACUCUUAGUACAAUUUGUCCAGGUGACUUGAAAGUUGCUGCUAAGAUGGCCCCUAACAUUCCUUUGGAAAUGGAACUUCCCGGUGUGAAGAUUGUACAUGCUCAGUUUAAUACACCUAUGCAGUUGUACUCAGAUGACAAUAUUAUGGAAACACUUCAGGGUCAGGUUUCAACAGCUCUAGGGGAAGCACCUUCUAUGAGUGAACCCGUGGCCUCAGCACCCCCCCAGUCAGAUGUGUACCGGAUGCUCCAUGACAACCGGGAUGAACCCACCCAGCCUCGCCAGUCGGGCUCCUUCAGGGUGCUCCAGGAGCUGGUGAAUGAUGAUGACCGCCCUGCGGGGACUCGCAGCGUGAGGGCUCCGGUAACCAAACUCCACGGUGGAGCUGGCGGCGGUGCUCAGAGGAUGCCACUCUGUGACAAGUGUGGAAGUGGCAUUGUGGGUGCAGUUGUGAAGGCGCGGGAUAAGUACCGGCAUCCGGAGUGCUUCGUGUGUGCAGACUGCAACCUCAACCUCAAGCAAAAGGGCUACUUCUUCGUGGAGGGGGAGCUGUACUGUGAGACUCACGCGAGAGCCCGCACGAGGCCCCCAGAGGGCUACGACACAGUCACCCUGUAUCCGAAAGCUUAGGUCCUUUGCAGGAGGGAGCACGCACGCUCGCACGCGCGCACGCAUGCACACUUGCACGAGGAGGGUGUGGAUGGCUUCGGACGAGGGAUGGCAAACUGUGGGCGCCAACGCUGCAGCCACGGCUUUUAGACUUUCAUUUAUCACACUGUGUACCAAGGACAGGGAAUGUGGGCAAAUGUCUGCUCUCUAAAGAAAAUGUGUGUUUAGCUAUGUAUUGCAAUUCUUUUUACCUUUGAUGAUAGCAAUAAUGACAUUUAAAGCAAUAAUUUUUGUAUGUCACAUGCCACAAUUUACAUUUGUAGUAUGACCACCCAAUGUGUAAACAAGAUAUCGGGAAGUUCAUUGUCUUUCCUUGACAAAUUGAUUUUUACAAUUGUAGAAAUACUGUACCAAAUACCAGUCGUAUAUUCUAACAUUUAACUAUUGUAGUGCAUGUCGAGGAGAAAUUCUCAGGAUUUCUCUAGGCUCUUAUUCAAGCAACUGUAUGCAAAAAACAUAAUAAAUAGAUAAAACAUUUUUAAAAUAUCUAAAGAAGUGGCACUCAAUGAAUUAAGUUAAACAACAUUUCAAUGAGAGGGCUCAAUCAUAUCCAACUCAAAUAUUUGAAGAAAUAUGUCUUCUUUAGUUUGUUUGCUUGUGGCACUGGAGAUUGAAUUUAAAACCUUUACACUGCGCUCCAACCCCAGCCUCUUUUUUUAUUUUUUAUUUUGAGACGAGGUUUCCCUGGCUGGGCUGGGCUUCAAUUGGAAAUCCUCCUGCCUCAGCCUUCCAACAUGUUGACAUUACAAGGAAGUAAAACUUUUUGCUUGUAGGAGAAUUUAAAUUUGCCAAUUAAUGGAAAUUCACUCUUUUUUUAUUUUGGUUUGACAUAGUUUUUUCCCAUUGAAAUAAACAUUCAGCCAAAAGUCUA